GUCAAUGCACAUCAUCAGAUCGCGCGUAACCGCCAGAAAACCGAAACCAAAGGUUCCAUCUCCAUCACGUCGCUUAUCCGACCACGAAACUCACCACUGUUCUAAAUUCUCUCUCUGUCUCUCUCUCUCUGUAUUUUUUCUCAAGCAAAAAGCUUGGGUUUCUUCGUUUCUAAUCUAAAAUCAUCGUAAGAUAUCUGUGAGAUUCUUCAAUUGAAUCGGUAUCAAGAUAUGGCGGGAAGUGAAGCUGUAGAAGAUAAGGAGAUAAAAUCGGCGGUUUCAAGCUGUGAGGCGUAUUUCGAGAAAGUACAGUCAAGGAAGAAUCUUCCCAAAUCUCUUCAAGAAACCCUAAACUCUGCUUUCGCCGGAAUCCCCGUCUCCUCCUUCCCUCAAGUCCCCGGCGGUAGAGUGAUAGAGAUUCCAGCGGAAACACCUGUGUCAGAAGCAGUAAAGAUUUUAUCAGACAGCAAGAUUCUAUCAGCUCCUGUGAUUAACACAGAUCACGAGAGUUCCUUAGAUUGGAGAGAAAGAUAUUUAGGAAUCAUUGAUUACUCUUCAAUCAUUUUAUGGGUGUUAGAGAGUGCUGAACUCGCUGCAAUCGCGUUGUCCGCUACGUCAGCAACCGCUGCUGGUGUUGGUGCUGGAGCUGUUGGAGCUCUUGGUGUUGCAGCGCUCGGGGUGACCGGUCCGGUUGCUGUUGCAGGGCUAGCAGCGGCUGCGGUUGGAGCCGCGGUUGCUGGUGGUGUUGCAGCUGACCGUGGGAUUGGGAAAGAUGCUCCAACUGCUGCUGAUAAUUUAGGGAAAGAUUUCUAUCAAGUCAUUCUUCAAGAAGAGCCUUUUAAAUCAACCACUGUUAGAACAAUACUUAAGUCGUUUAGAUGGGCUCCUUUUCUUCCGGUUUCAACUGAGAGUUCGAUGUUGAGUGUUAUGUUGUUACUCUCGAAAUACCGGUUAAGGAAUGUGCCGGUUAUUAAAUCAGGAGAACCUGAUAUCAAGAACUACAUUACUCAAUCUGCAGUUGUUCAUGGUCUUGAAGGUUGCAAAGGUAGAGAUUGGUUUGAUCACAUUUCUGCUCUCUCGAUUUCUGAUCUAGGCCUGCCUUUCAUGUCGCCGAAUGAGGUUAUUAGCAUUGAGAGUGAAGAACUUAUUCUUGAAGCAUUCAAGCGGAUGAGAGACAACAACAUUGGUGGUUUACCUGUAAUCGAAGGGCCGAAUAAGAAGAUUGUUGGUAACAUUAGCAUGAGAGACAUUAGAUAUUUGCUUUUACAACCUGAAGUCUUCUCCAAUUUCAGACAACUCACGGUGAAGAGUUUUGCGACAAAGAUUGCUACAGCAGGAGAGGAAUAUGGUUUAGCGAUUCCUGCAAUAACUUGUAGGCCUGAUUCGACUUUGGGGAGUGUUAUAAACAGUUUGGCUUCGAGGUCGGUGCAUCGGGUAUACGUAGCUGCUGGAGACGAGAAUGAGCUUUAUGGGGUUAUAACACUGAGGGAUGUGAUCUCUUGUUUCGUAUCAGAACCUCCAAACUACUUUGAGAACUGUCUCGGGUUCUCGGUUAAAGAAAUGCUUAACCGAUGAUCUCUUGUUUCUCAGCUUUUUUUUUUGUUUGUCUUUGUUGUUUGUUCCUUCUUGGUUUAGAUUCUGAAGUUGUUAUCUUUAUAUCUAAUUUGUAACCAUUUUGAGUUUCAAGUUAUAUCGUCCAUGAUUUAUGUUUAGAAA